AUGAAGUAUUACCUAGAAUACAUGUGCACAUGGUUCGACCUCUGUGACGCCCGCCGCCAUUUCGCCAUCGUCGUCCCCCAAAGAGCAAUAACCUGCCCGACCCUCCUCAACGCGAUCUUCGCCCUCUCCUCCCGCCACCUCAGCCUCCACGACCAAUACGACCCCUACGCCUCGGACCGCUACCACCAAGAAUGCCUCAAACAGCUCACCACCAUCUCCAACGACUCCUCCGCCCUCACGAAUGACGACCUCCUCGCCGCCACCAUCCUCCUCCGCACCCUCGAGGAGCUCGACGUGCCCCUGAUCGGCACCGACCACGAGGGCCACCUCCUGGGCAUCCAGCUCUUCAUGAACACCCAGAACGCGUCCUCCACGCCGCCGAGCCCCCUGCGGCAGGCCUCGUUCUGGGUCGGGCUCAGGCAGGAGAUCACGAUGGCGUUCGCCACGCAGCGUCCGAUCAAGGUCAAGGUGGACCACCUCUUCAUCGACCGCUCCUUCUCGCCGGCCGACGACGACUGCUGGGCGAACCGGAUUGUCGUGCACUGCGCCGAGGUGGUGCAGUUCUGCUUUGGCGAGGUCGAGAAUAGGAAGAGCGAGUAUCAGAGGCUUGUCGAGUAUGACCAUAACUGGUUGCGCGCGAGGCCGUUGUCGUGGCUGCCGAUUGCGUACAGCGAGCCGGAUCCCGCGGCGGACCAGGCGUUUCCCCGGAUCUUUUAUAUCAACCACGCUGUCGUAAUCGGAAACGUACACGGCACCCUAGCUCGAGCACUUCUGAUGUGUCACGACGAGAGCAUCCCUCGAAUAGGCCCCGGCCGAAGGAUAGCCAGACAGAAACUUGAUAACGACAUCAGAACGCAGGUCAGAGAACUCUGCGGCACAGCCCUCUCCAACAAGGACACCAUCCCAGCCAUGUUCACAGCCUGCAUGGGCGUAACGGCCUGCGGAGACAGAUUCACAGAUCACGCCGAACAAAAAGCUCUUCUCGAUAUCCUAGUCAAGACGGAUGUACAUCACAUGUGGCCGACGGCAUCGGCUCAGUCGCACCUGAAGCGGGCAUGGGGUUGGGAAGACGAUUCAUGA